AUGCCUGCAGUUGACGAAUAUUUGCAGGCUUCGCGCCGCCCGCCCAUGGAUCCUCCAUCGCGCUCGCGCUCUACGACUGGCAGUGUUCAACUCAGCGCCGCAUUUCAGCAACAGGUUCAUGUCAACAGCACUGGCGGACUACGUACGUCGAACCAAGAACCGCAGGCGCAUAAAAAGCGCCACAACAACAGCAAAAAGAGCUCGCAUAUGCGUCACUCGCUCACACAUGCGCAGGUAGAGGGACGCUUCAGCGGUUCGUCUUACACGUCAGGUAUGGCGCUGUCGCCUCCCCAGCGCGGCUCCACUCAUGUGUUCACCACGAGAAGAGAGGUAAGUCCAAAACAAAACCAGCUGCAUCCUGAGUAUCCUGCUGCACCACCUGCAGGUGACGAAAUUCUUAAAGUGGAGAUUCCUCGUUGGAAGUCGAAGCUCGCAACGGAUCGAGUUGAUCGAACACACAUUCCUGCAGGCGCCGACAGUGUAGGCAACUCGCCUGUGUCCAGCGGAGCAGGACGUUUUUCGACGUGGAACGGAAGAGACGCUCGAGGUGGGCACGGAGGUUCUAUGGGUGCCCUUGUCUUGGGCGGAGAUCGAAGCAAUAGCAAUAAAAAGCGGUAUACAGUGUUUCAAGUAUUCGUACAUUUCCAGUCGGGCACUAUUCGCUUCUCUGAGAAGCGGUACAGCGACUUUCGCGGGCUGCAUAAGAAUUUGAGGAGGUCUUACGCAACACGUCGUGAGGCUAUUGAGACGUACAUAAAUGCAUUACUGACUCUGCGACCACGACCAAUUGAGGUCACGCAAUUUCUGUGCGAUGGGAGUAGCUCUUUGGAAAGCGAAGAAGAAGAUGGAAAUAGCACGGACGGAGCAGCUCGCGGUGUCGAUUUGGUGACAGCACCCAAACAAGUACAAUCAACAUCGAAAACGCUUGCAACAUCUUCCCGCCUUAGUGACAGUAACAGCCUUGUGUCGGAUGAUUCUGGUGGACACAUGGUUUCCAUGCAAGACUUUGAAAUUUUGAAAAUGCUAGGAAAAGGGUCUUUCGGUAGAGUCUACAUGGCAAGAGAACGAGGUAAAGAUGGCAACAUUUAUGCGAUGAAAGUGCUGCGCAAAUCGGAGCUAGUAAAGCGCAACCAAGUGGGGCACACAGUGAUGGAGCGCAAAAUUAUGAGUUCUAUUGACCAUCCAUUUAUCGUUGGGCUCAAGUACUCGUUCCAGACAGCCACGAAGCUCGUAAUGGUCUCGGACUACUGCUGCGGUGGUGAGAUUUUUUUUCAUUUAAAAAAAUUUCGUUCUUUCUCGGAGGCAAUGGUGCGCUUUUAUGCAGCAGAGCUGGUUGCGGCGAUUGGGCAUCUACAUGAGCGAGACAUUAUCUAUCGUGACCUUAAGCCUGAAAAUAUUCUUCUAGAUGAGACGGGCCACGUGCGACUGACGGACUUUGGCCUUUCCAAAACGGACUGCACGGAUUUUACCGGUGCAAAGACCUUUUGUGGUACACCCGAGUACUUGGCUCCUGAGAUGCUUAUCAGCCGAAAGAAGAAGACGGAGUACGGUAAAGCUAUCGAUUGGUGGAGUCUUGGCACGCUCAUGUACGAGAUGCUCACGGGAUGGCCGCCUUUCUUUGACCGCAAUAUAGAGCAGAUGUGCGCCAAAAUCAUGAAGUCGCCACUUAAGUUUCCUGCACAUUUCGGGCUUAGCUCUGAGGUUAAAAGUCUUAUCUCUGCAUUGUUGGAGCGUGACCCAACACAUCGAAUCGGAUCGCGGCCAGAAAAGCGAGGCAUCAAGCCGCCAUUUAAGCCACGUGUUCGCGGUCCGACGGAUAUUCAGAAUUUCGAUCGUGAGUUUACAAAGGAGCUGCCCGACCAUGGUUUUUUGCAGCAGGACAAACGUCUUCCAGUGUCACCUAAAAACGAGUUCCAGGGCUUUUCCUACACAAGAAUCGAAGAGUCUGUGUUAAUAUCACGUGAUAGCAGCAAACGGGAAAAGCACAGGUCAGGACGACGGUCUGAGCCACGACAAAAUGAAGGAAUCGAACGCGAGGCACCGCUAGCUGCAGACAAGCAAUAUCCUGAGUUUGGCCUUAUUGGCCGCGACAGCACGGACUUUGACACCGCUGGGAUAUCAGGGAGUCGAGGUGACAAGUACUAUUUGUAA